AUGGGUUGGAAAGCAGCUGAGAAACUCAUUAGGCACUGGAAAGUUCUAAGAGGGGAUAAUGUUAUGAUAAUAAGGGGUAAAGAUAAGGGUGAGACUGGGACGAUUAAGCGUGUCAUUCGCUCUCAGAAUCGCCUUAUUGUUGAGGGUAAAAAUCUGGUGAAGAAGCAUAUUAAGCAAGGGCAAGGUCAUGAAGGGGGCAUCUUUGCAGUGGAAGCCCCAAUCCAUGCCUCCAAUGUGCAAGUUCUUGAUCCAGUGACAGGGAAGCCUUGCAAGGUUGGAGUUAAAUAUCUUGAAGAUGGUACUAAAGUCAGGGUAUCCAGAGGAAUAGGAGCAUCUGGGUCCAUAAUCCCUCGUCCUGAGAUCUUAAAGAUAAGAGCUACCCCACGACCUACUGUCUUUGGUCCAAAAGAUACUCCAAUGGAUCUCGUGUUAGAGAAGACUUACGAUGCUAAAGCAGGAAGGGGAAUGCCUGAGCUUUAA